AUGGGCCAUCGGGGUAUGAGCCAUGGACUGCUACGGUUGGACACGCAUGUGAUCAAUGGCAUGGACUUUAAUAGCGAUGCCAAUCUCCGGACCGCUCCUCCCAUGGCUUUCACGCACGAUUUUGACAUUGAGGGACUCUUGUUUGGUCAGCAGGGUUCAACAAUCAACCCGAACGCGCUGCACUAUAAUGAGUCGCCCCAUUCCAUGUCCAUUGAUCCUACCUCUCCCUUUGGCCCAAUGACGGAUAUGUCGGCCACACAACGGGAUGGCGACAGCUUCGACUGGCUGACUGGUUUCGAGCACCAGAUGUCGUUCAAUAAUGUCAGCGAAAAUGCUGUCGACGGUUCAUCGCCGUCGGCAGUGAGCAAUGCCAGCCAGUGGGGCAUCAGCGACGUUAUGCUGGACGGAUCCGGUGCCAACAACCCGGUCGUAACCGCUGGUACAAGCUCCAUGUGGCAACCAGGAAUCAUAGGUCCUCCCCAGAUGCCCAAUCCUUACUCCAUGGACUUGAGCGGUGCUGUCUUCCUUGAUGAAUGGCGCGCCUGUCUCACCCCAGCCGCCGGCACAAAAGAACAUGAAUGA